AUGGAAUACCUCGGCGGCGGCUCCGCGCUGGACCUUAUGAAGGCAGGCAGUUUCGAGGAGAUGCACAUCGCCGUGAUACUGCGCGAGGUUCUGCGAGGCCUGGACUAUCUGCACUCCGAGAGGAAACUCCAUAGGGACAUUAAGGCGGCCAACGUCCUACUGAGCGAGAUGGGUGACGUCAAACUGGCAGAUUUUGGCGUGGCAGGACAGCUGACGAACACGACUAGCAAGCGGAACACCUUCGUCGGCACGCCGUUCUGGAUGGCGCCCGAGGUGAUUAAGCAGUCGUGCUACGACAGCAAAGCGGACAUAUGGUCGCUCGGCAUCACUGCCAUAGAGCUCGCCAAGGGGGAACCCCCCAACUCGGAGCUGCACCCAAUGAGGGUGCUCUUCCUCAUACCGAAGAACAACCCGCCUCAACUCACGGGCAGCUACUCGAAGCCGUUCAAAGAGUUCGUCGAGGCGUGCCUCAACAAGGACCCUGAGAAUAGGCCGACCGCGAAGGAGCUUCUGAAGUUCCAGUUCAUCAGGAAGGCGAAGAAAAACUCGUACCUAAUGGACCUGAUAGACAGGUACAAGAAGUGGAAGGCGCAGCGAAGCGAGGAGAGCGAAACGGAAUCGGAGAAUUCGGACUCGGAGGAGUGUAGUCGAGGCGACGGCGAAGCGGACGAGCCGUGGAUAAUGACGGUGCGCGGGGGGGCGGGCGCGCGUUCGCUCCUUCCCGCCUCCGAGCGGCGUGACGCGCGUGACAUACGCGACGUGCGUGACGUGCGUGACGUUCGGGAGCUGCGCGACAUGCGUGACGUGCGUGACAUGCGCGACAUGCGCGAGCGUGACAGGGAGGCGGAGCGCGAGCGCGACCGCCGCGACGACAGCUCGCUACCGUCGCCCACGUCGCCGUCCGCGCCCAAGCAGAACGGCGCGCUGAGCGUGCGCGGCGAGGACCCGCCCGCGCCCAACGACGCGCACGCCAAGCCCGCGCCCCACGCCAACAGCGACAAGCAGCCGCCCGCGCCCCACGCCAACAGCGACAAGCAGCCGGUCAGUGCUCCCACCGGCCAAUCGGAAUCCGCCCUCGUCUUCCGUCUCUUUCCUUUUCGCCCAACGACGCGCACGCCAAGCCCGCGCCCCACGCCAACAGCGACAAGCAGCCGGUCAGUGCUCCCACCUCGGCCAAUCGGAAUCCGCCCUCGUCUUCCGUCUCUUUCCUUUUCGCCCAACGACGCGCACGCCAAGCCCGCGCCCCACGCCAACAGCGACAAGCAGCCGCAUCGGCAGUCACCGAUAGUCCAAACGCCGAUAGAGCAGAGGAACACGAAGGAAAGAGAAAGAGAUAGGGGCGACAGGGAGGAUAGAAAGGAGAGGCAGGACCAUCAGACGUCGAACCGCGACAGCGUAGUCAAUAACAAGGCCGCUUCUCCCCUGGACCAUAGAGGAGCAAACAGCGAGGAGAACAAAGUGAGGCGGCACGCUUAUCUGCAACAGCUCAUUUACCCUCUACUCAAUGAGCUGGGCCGCAAGCACGGGCCGGGCAGCGCGGCCGCCAUCGACGAGGUGCGGCGCGCCUUCGAGAUGGCCGAGCGCAGCGCGCCGCACCUAACGCGCGCCUUCGUGCAGCAGGCGAGUAGUACAGAGGGUGGCGACGCAAUCGCACCAACCUUCUACGCCCACACACAACAACUCCCAACAGUGGAUGACGUAGGGACCCACGAAGGGGCCGGCUGCGGAGAGGUGCCAGAUCGGCCGGUCCCCUACUCCGACCGCAGCGCCCCCUGCCGA